AUGGGAACGUGUCCUGUCGGGUGGUUCCCCUGCGGCUCUCCUGGCGAAGUGUGUCUCGAGCAAAGGUUCGUCUGUGACAGGAGCGAGGACUGUCCAGACGGGGAGGACGAAGGCGAGGACUGCGUGCCUGACGAGGCUGACGGGACACUCGUGAAGGAGAUCCUGGAUAAGGAGAUUCAUCCCCCUGAACACCAUGCGCGGUGCAACCUGACGGCCUUCCCGCGCACCUGUUACUGUCGCUUCGGGACUCAACUGGUGUGUCGCGGCGCCCACCUCGCAGCCGUGCCGGACGACCUGGACCGCGGCACGACCAGCCUACUUCUGGGGAACAACAGCAUCGUCCUCACCGCUGACGCCUUGCAGCCCUACCGUCGCCUCACCCAGAUCUUCCUGGACCACAACGAGAUCGCCGUCCUGCCGCCAGGUGUCUUCCGGGGCCUGCCUCUGGACAAAGUGUUUCUCUCCUACAAUCUCCUGCAGGACAGCGCCGCCGCCCUCGACGGCCUCCGCUCCCUCAGCAGCCCCCAGUACCUUCACCUCAGCUACAACAGGAUCGCGGACAUUGACCUCGUCCUCGAUCUCGUCCCCGGCGUCAGGUCCCUCUGGAUCAACCACAACCGCGUCACGAUGAGGAGCAGGAAGGUCAGCGCCAACGCCCGCGACGUCACCGAGCUGUGGAUUGAAGGCAACCGCGUGAUGCUCUCAAGAGGAGCCUUCAGAGGAUUCACAAACCUUGAAACUUUAUUUCUGCGUCACAACAAAAUCACAGACGUCGAGGAUCGCGCCUUUGAGACCCUGACGAAACUGAAGGACCUUGAACUCAACUUUAACUUGAUUCGACACCUUCGCGCAGACAGCUUCGUGGGACUACACUCUCUCGCCAGCCUGAACUUGGACAACAACCCGCUGCUCACCGUCCACACCACCGCCUUCAGGCCUCUCGUCAACCUCGUCAGCCUGUGGAUGGACAAUCUGGAGCUGAGUUCGGAGCUGCUGGCCAACAUCACCACCGAUCUCCAUCACGAGUCCCGCACCGCCAUCCUCACCCACGUUUUCUUCAAGAGGUUCAGGUACUGCGGUUACUUCCUCGAUGUGCCCGACUGUAGCCCCAAGACUGACGGUGUGUCGUCGUUUCAGCACCUCCUCGUUCGCGUGGAGCUGCGCGUCGGAGUGUGGCUAGUAGCGACGUUCACCCUCCUCGGUAACCUGAUGGUGCUGGGCGGGCGUGUCUUCUCCAGGGACGACAACAAGAUACUGUCGCUCUUUAUCCGGAACCUUGCGGUGGCUGACUUGCUAACCGGCGUCUACCUGCUGGUGAUCGCCGUGAAGGACCUGGAGUUCCGCAGCAGCUACAGGGACCAUGCCUACUACUGGAUGACCUCCUGGCAGUGCACCUUCACCGGGGUCCUCGCCAUGACGUCAACAGAGGUGUCUGUGCUCAUCUUGUCGUUCAUGUCUGUGGAGCGGUGGCUGUGCAUUACGUGGCCGCUCGCGGCACCCAAGCUGUCCCUGGGCGGUGCCAAGAUGGCCCUCUCCCUCAUCUGGCUCCUUGGCCUCAGUCUGGCUCUAACUCCCGUGCUGUACUACCAAGGGCACCAGCAGCGUUUCUACGGCACCAACGGCCUGUGCUUCCCUCUCCACAUGGAUGACCCCUGGGUGCCUGGCUGGCUGUACUCGGGGCUCCUCUUCGUGGGCCUCAACCAGCUGGGCGUGGUCCUCAUCCUGGUCUCGUACACGGGCAUGUUCUGCAGCAUCAGACGCACCAGAGCCAACACGCCGCUCUCGCUCGGGGAUCGCGAGUUCGCGAUGCGCUUCUUCUUCAUUGUCUUCACCGACUGUCUCUGCUGGACGCCCAUCAUCGUCCUGCGCAUCAUGGCUCUCGCGGAGGUGGACAUUAAACCCGAGCUCUACGCCUACGUGGUGGUUGUGUUGCUGCCCAUCAACUCCGCCCUCAACCCCUUCCUCUACACCUUCACCACCACCAAGUUCAGGUCGCAGAUACGCAGGUUCCUCACAGGCCACGGCAUGUGUCUGUGUGUGUGGGUGCCGCGCCAGGACACGGACUCGGAGACCACCCGGACCUCGUUCUUCCGGAGCGCCACACUCAAGCUCACCAAUGGCCGCGACCUUCUGCCGGCCCUCAACGGUACCGCCCCGACCCACACCGUCGACGAGACCACCGUGGCGGAGGUCUCACGGGUAUCGCUUGGCCGGGACGAGGUAGUCAAGAUGGAGACCAAACUGUGAGGUUGCGGUGCUGUUGCCAGGGACGAUGUGGUCAAGGUCGAGUUCAAGCUGUGAGGUGGAUGUGGUGGUGUGUGGUGUCGUGGUGUUGUAGAGAUUAAAUUAUAAAGUGCUGCGUGUUGAUGAGUAGUGUGGCAGUGCGGUGGUGUUGAUGGUAUGAUAGACUCGUGCCAGCUUGUUUACAAUACACCACAGGCGUGCCUAGAUGUUGUGGUCCAUCCAUAAUCUUUGUUGAGCCUAUAUCCGUCAUUUUCAUGAGGCACGUCAGCUGUGCUACC